CUCUUUUCUUCUCCGCAUUCCGCAACGAAAAAAAGAUCUCCAAUCAUCCACACCCGCAAUGUUUCACGCUUCAUAAAAACAAACACCACUUUCGAAUCAUCUUAACUCCUCAUGAGUUUGAAUACUUUCGUGCGCAGACUGGCAACAGCCGCUGCAUCACCAAAUCGACUUUGUCAAUCCCGCCCUGGUCCUGUCGCAUCAUGGAUUAACCACAGCAGACUCCAAGUCUCCCAAAAUAUCGCCUCAUCUUCGAUUCCCCACCGAUCAUUCUCCCACACCCCUCAAACCGCCUCUUCCCCCUUCCGCCUCAACACCACCAAAACCACAACCCAAGAUGCGCCCCCAGAGCUAUCCCCCGACGGCGAACCGCUCGAAUACUACAGUCCCUAUAAACCGAAACGUCAAUGGCCUCCAGACAUGACCAAGUUGUCCCCUAAACACCAAUUCCGACUCGAGCGCAAAUACCGUCGACGUGCGGCGCUGAAGUUCGCCAGACCCAAGUGGACUAAGGCGACCAAGUUGGUGCAAUGGGGGGUGAUUGGAUUCAUCGUGGUAUACGCUGUUCUUUUUAUGGAAUGGGAUGAGAGGGGAAGUCCUUUUGACGAGAUUCGAAGAACCUUCUUCUCUGGUGUCAAGACAACAUUCUCGACUCCCCCGCCGCCAGCCCCAAUGAGGAGAUCUGAUAACGGGGCCCAGGCACAAUAAGCCAGAAAGACAUGGAUAGUCAACGACUGCCAGAACAGUGCGAAACACAAGGAAUCACCAAUAUGUUACAUCCAGCGCCCAACACACUACAUACACUGUACCAUAGAUUAGACGAAAUGAAAUCCUACAGUGAGCCGGUCACGUGUAAAAAACUUGUCUUGAUCGGCAGCGUCAUUGAUCGAAGGGGAUAAUUUAUACUCAUCUGUCAUCUUGAUACGGAAUAGAAUAACCUGAGUUGCAAGACACCUGUCCAAGAAGAUAAAGACACAAGCGAAUAAAAGGCAACAAGAAAGGAGGCAAGAAAUUUCGUCCAACACGCAAUUCGAACAACGUCAUGGUUUUUGGCCCCGUUGCUUCAUUAAAUCGUUUCUCCGUGGCCUUUAUCCAGGCGAUAGGUAAAUGAUGCACCGAGAACACCCAAAAAAAAAAAAAAAAAAAAA